AUGAAGUUCUUGAUCCUGGCGUCGACGCUGUUCGUCGCGACGUUCGCCUUCCAGAAGUCGGCGAUGCUCGAAUCGAACCGCGUCUCCGAAAAUAAGCCCGUCGGAACCAGCUGCGACGAGUGCCAGUCGGUAGGAAUCGCCCUAAAAAUAAAUUGGAAAGGAUUAUCUCCAUCUCUAGGUCUUCAUUAAGUCUUUAAAAGUAGAAAAAAGUGAUUCCUUCAAUUCAAAGAAACAAGCUUUUUUUCGCAACUUGUGAGAAGUAAUGAUUUUGCGGUUCCUUUCUCAAACCUCCAAAAAAUUACUGCAGCUGGUGAAGCGCUUCUCCGACGCGGCCAAGGACCCGAAGAAGGUGCAGGAGCUGAAAAUGUUGCUGAACAUCCUGUGCCACGAGACCUCCUACGUCGACGAGUGCCGCAUGUUCGUCUCCAAGCUCGAGAUCUUCCUCGACAAGCUCCAGCCCUGGCUCGUGAGUUUCAGAUGACUUUCUGAGAUCGGGUCAAAUAGGGACUUGCAUUGAAAAAGUUGACUUAUAAAAAUUACUGAUCGGCGAGUCUUAAUGAAACUUUCUCUGUGUUCUGAAUCUGAACGAAAAUUUCUGAGAACUUUCAUUUCUCGAUUUUCCUGAUAAUUUUCGAAAACCAAACAUUUUCUACUGAAUCUCGUUAUAAAAAAAUCAAUGAUAAGUUUCCUGAUUAUAAACAUUUUGAAAUUAAUUUUCUCACCAAAUCUAGUCGUCUUUCUCAAUUUUUUUCCUUUAUUGGUGACUAUCCAAAUUUUCUCAGAUUCAUGAGAAGCAUCCAAAAAAGUCUUACCGACGAUUCUUUUCAAAAUGAAAACUCUUUUUCUUUUUUUUUCAAUUCUCAAAUCUUUCAAGUUCUAAAUUAAAAAACGGAUAUGAUUCUACUCGGAGUUUCGGAAUUUUCGAAAAAUUGGCCUAAAGUCACUUCGACGCACAGAAUAGUAGAUGGGAAAAGAAGGUUUCUAACAUUGAGUUUGUUUGAAAAAAGAUUCUUGUAAGUGAAAACUGAAAAAAGUCGGCUUUUUCCACUUGGGGGCACGUGCGACUUUUUUCGCGGGGUGCGCGAGGUUUGCGGGGGCCCUACGCUACGAUCUCAUUAUUGAAAAGUGGCCUGGCCCCCGUAUUUACCCUUAUUUCUAGAAAAAAUUAUCAAAAAAGCCUACCAUCAUCCUUUUUCGUAACCAAACUACCAAAUCCUACUCCCAGGCCGACGCGAAGGCCGUCUGCGCCAAGGUCCAUCUCUGCAACAACCCCAGAAUCGACGGCUUCCGUCGUCUUCUCCUUGCCCUCGCCAAGCGCUACGACGCCAAGCUCUUCACCAACGUAGAGGUCCUCCCCAUCUCCAAAAACAAUUCUGAUCCUGAAUCUUCAGAACCGCUACGUCUGCGACGAGUGCGAGUUCGCCGUCAAGGAGGUCAAGACCUUCAUCGAGGACAAGGAAACCCAGACUGAGGUAUCCAGGAGAACAUGAAAAAUGCGAACAUUUUGAUCAUUUUGAAGGUCCGUGACUUCCUCCGCACCAACGUCUGCGCCCCACUUGGCAGCUACCGCGGAUUCGUCAGUUUUUAAGAUAUUCUAUGGAAUCAGGAAGAUUUUUCAGUGCGACUUGGUCGUCGACGAGUAUCUUCCCCAGUUGAUCCAAGAGGCCGACGCCAUGCUCCAGAACCCUCAUCAGGUGAAAAAUGAACAUUUUUACUGGGAAAAUUCGCUUUUUCAAAAAAAGCAUGAGCCAAAAACUAAAUCACGCAACGAAAGAAUAGUGCUGGGAAAAAGCUUCGAAAUUUUUUAAAAAGCGAUUUUUCAAGGUUUUGAAAUUAUAAAAAAAUAAGUUGAUAGGCCGAGGCGGGGAUCGAACUUGUGACCCUGUGGACCGUAGACAGGUUCCCAACCUGUUGCGCUACGGCGCAUUCAAAAAUAAUUGAAUAAAAAAAUAAUAAUAACUAUGAGCAGUUUCAGUUUUCGAAUUUUGAACUUUUUGAACUCACUUUUUCAAUCAGAGUUUAAAAAACCAAUCGGUUGAAAGUUUUCAAUUUAUAUCCCAUAACGACAGCUUCGUCGAAAGAAAAAAAAAAUUCAUGAUAGAAUUGUUUUCGGAUUCUGAAAUGUGAUUGAUUCAAUUUUUUUAUUGAGAAUUUUUUUGUAGUUUUCAAUUUUUUUAUAAGGUUUUCAUCGAGAAAACUGUGUUCCAACGACUGGAUUUUGGUUAUUUGAGAGGUUUAGAGAAAAAGAAAAGAUUUUGAUUAAAUAAUGCAACGGCUGCAAGGGUAAAUUUGAAAUGUUGUCUUAAUUCGAAAUUACAGUACAAUAUUACAUAAUGUGCUUGAAAUGAAGGAAAGUUCUUCAAAAGAAUUGAAUAAAUGCGAUAAUUUCUGAAUAGGCGCCGGAAACGAAUCGCGACCGCGUCGCAAGUGAACAAAAAAUGCCACCCCCGGAGUUUUCGUUUGAAUCUUCGAGAGCUAGAGAAAGGGUGUAGUAAGAGCUUUAAUACAGGAAGACUUGAGAGUAGAGGUCGGCGGAAUUAAACACUGGUCUGCUUAUGUAUGAAUUAGAACGACCACUUCGAGUAAAGACAUGAAAAGAAAUAAAAAUGGAAAAAGUUCUCAUUUCAAAGUAACCCCGAGGUUUUGAGGUUUGCGUCGACGUGCACGCCUGCGACGCCUCCUGGGCCGUCAAGCCCCGCAAAUGGGUCGGUAUUCUCGGAUUCCUCCAGCGUCUCUAAGCUUCUCCCACGACGAAGCCGAAGCUGAUCGCCCAACCUUCUCCUCAGUGUUUUCCCCCCAAUUUUUCGUACCGUUACUCCCCACUGUUCGCUUUAUUUCUGUGCGUGUAAUCGUCGUGUAAUUGUUUGUUUUUUUCGCUUUUUUUCCACGAAUAAAGUAUUUUAAUAUCCCCAUUGAUUUCCCUCUUUGUAAGCGUUCCCCCAGCUUCAUGUUUUCUGUGGUCUGUUUGAAAAUCCUUGCUAGAAGUCUAAAAGAAAGGAAAAUGUUCUUUGUAAUGAAUUUUAGCUUCUAUAGCCCGUCCACCGCGACUUGACAGUUCUCGCGUGUCUGCGUUUCUCUGUUCUCUCACCGGCGAGGUCAGAGAAACAUGGAAACAUCACGUAAACAUGAGAUAGACGUCGAGAGAUAAGGAGGGCGCAGAGAAGUCCGCGUAAAAAGAAAAACUAUGAACUUCUCAGCAAGGGUUUUUAAACAGAAAGUAUGAUUAGGUGUUUUUUUCAAAGUUUAUAUAAUUAUUUUAUUUAUUUUUUUAUUAUUUGAAACUAGUUAUUACAUAGAUGAUUCACGGCUAGCUUCGGACACUAAGGGGGCGUGUCCUGUCUGCCCUCUCCGCGAGCCAGGCGCUACCUCGUGCAUUAUCGUGUCAGGAUCCAUUUUUUGAUGGCUCAAGUCAGCCGAGAAUCAGAACAACUCGUAACUUUUCAAAAAACGAAAAAAAUUUACCUUCUCUAGGUUUUCUAGAACCUUCAGGUCAUGAUAAUUUAAACCUUGGUGUCCUCCAGACCUUGCUUUCAAUUUUACCUAAUGCUUUUCUGAAACCAUCCGCAUCAAAAAUUAUAAAUUAUCCGUAAAGAUGCCGGUGAUGAACUUGCCGGCGACGGAGACCAACGCCGCCGUCUUCUGGGCUCAAUCCGGACGAGUCGAGACCAAACAAGGACAGGUUAGAUUUUAACCUAUUUUUCUUAGAUUUUUGCCUUUUUCAGAUCCUGAUGAGCUGUUUCGAAUGCAUGCUGACUGUCGACGGCCUCUUGGAGGAAAUGAUCAAUAAACGGGUGAGUUUUCGAGUUAUUCGAACAGUAGUCCCUAUAGGGGUUAGUGGAGACCAGCUCCCAUAAAAAUCGAAAAAGUGCCCCCUAAAAAAAUAAAGUUCAAGUAAUCCCUAUAGGGGCUUAGGAUCUGAACAUUAAGCUCUCAAAAUUUGAGAGGCCUUUUGGAAAAAAUGAUCAAUAAAUGGGUCAGUUUCCGAGUUAUUUGAGAAUUAAUUUUAUUUCGGGAAUUUCCCAGUGAUCCCUGAAGAAGUUAGUGGAAAAACAACAUCUAUAGUUGAUAAAGUAGGGCUCCCUAGAGGGUUAAAACCCAGCUGGUCUCUAUAGGGGUUCAGGGUCUGACCCUUAAGCCUCUAAAACUUGAGUGAUCCCUUCAGUGGUCUUACAACUCUUGUUAUUAUUAGUUAAAGUGGCCACUAGAGAGGAAGCUUCAAGUUCCCCCUAGGUUUCAAUUCUAGAAACCAUUCGGGCGUUUAGUAGACAUGAAGAAACCGUGCACGCAGGCAAAAUCGAAUUUAUUGAAAAGAAAAUUAUCAAAUAGAUGAGGCGAUACAGGCUUGUGAUUGAGAGACUUCAACUGUAGAAAAAAAUUAAUGAAGUUUUAUAAGUAAGAAUUGAGUAUGGAAAAAAAGGGUUAACUACACGGCUUUUUUUCGACGACGCCACGCCCACUUUCCGUAGAGUGUCGUGUAUCGUGUGCAUGCACUGCGCCGCUUUCGCGCAGAAAAUUGCGUUUGUGUAGAGAGAUUUCGGUUCGUCUCAAAGACCUCUGGCAAUACGGCGGCCUGCGCCUUUAAUAUGCCGUGUUAUUUACGCUCUUAGAGCCCAAAUCUCUGCCGCACCCAUGAGGUCACUUGGGAACGGCGGAUAUUUUGGCUCCGCCCAUCGUGUUUUUUGUUUCGCUUUCGCUAAAAAUGAACGCCGUGGCGACAUUCACUUUCUUGGAUUCCAAUCAUUUUUUGGACAGAUUAUAAUAAAACUAUUUUGAUUUUUUCAGUACUCGCUGUCGCACGACAUCCGCCAAUGGGCUUGCUACCAACUCCUCCCGAGCAACUUCACGGAUUCCUGUGUAAAUGUCCUCGAUCUCUACAUGCCGUCCAUCGUCUACAUGGCCAUUAAGCAGUUCACCGCCGAGGGCAUCUGCGACCACAUAAAGACCUGCGAGAAGCACUCAGGUUUUAGCUAUAAAGAAUCUCGCGCGAACUUCUCUGUUCUUAAAAUACUCUCAUUGUGAUCAGAGUAUCCGUGAUAACUCGGGCUCUCAGCGGGUUUUCCCGUAUUGAGCCCGUAUGAGCACAGCUGGUAGAGCUUUUGGUAUGUUUACCACAGCCGGGGCUCCGUUUUCUCUCUCGGUCUAAAUUUUGGAAAAAAAAACAACGGGAUCACCUAUUCCUUCCUGUACCCGUUUUAGGCCCGACUGAGACCCAAGUAGGUUCAAAAACGCGGGUAAACCCGUUGAGAUACCUGGCCAGCAGGAGAAAAAGGUAAAACCACAGUAUACUGAGCCUUUUUGCGCGCUUCGCUUUGAGACCUGUGAAGUAAGAAUAUACGGUGUUCUGGCCAUCGAAAAUCCGUGUCGGUAUAUAUUUCGUAACCAUCCGUGGGUGAGUACAAAACUAAAAAAUCAAGAUCACAAUUAUUUAGAAAAAAAUAUUAAAAAUGGAUUUAGGAAGGCUCGGAAGAAGGUUUUGACGACCUCUUGAAAUAUGAUUCAGGCUCUUUUUUUUCCUGAAUUUUUAAAUGUUAACACAAAAUAGCAAAAAAAUACGAUAUGAUUUAGUGAAAAUAAGUCCGGAUAAUAUUCACAAUAUCUUUUUUUCAACUCGAAACCCUUACUACUGUAAAAAAAUACACUGAAAAACUUGACUUUUUUUGCUUCAAAAAUCUCAUAUUUUUUUAUAAAUGAAAAAAACGCGUUUUUCUAAUGUUUGGUCACAAGAUGACUAUUAAAAAAAUCUUAAUUGGAUAAUUCCAAGAAGAUAAAAUUCAGAAAAUACUGUUAAAAGAUACAACUGUGUUAAAAUGAUAUCAUGGAACUUGGAAAAAAAAAUGUGUGAAAAUAUGAAAAAUUCCAGUCGAAUCGUUCUACGCUCUGUCGCACGAAGAAACCGCCGCGCACACCUGCGAAAAUUCCCGAAACGCUGAAAUCUUUGUUCAGGUAGUCAUGAAAAGGUUAUUAAAAUAUUACCUAAAAGAAUCAAAUUCCAGAAGAACAUUGUUGGAAGCCCGGUUGAGAAGCUCAUUUAUGAAGGUUUGAGCAAAAAAUUCUGCUCGUCUGGACCCUAUUUCUACAGAAAUCUCGUGAGAUCUUGUUUGAAAUGAUUUCGGUUUCAGUUCGAAAAUUAAAGUGAGAAGUGCAAAUUUUGGAUUGAUGUGUAUCAUUUUGGAGUCGAAACGGUUUUUAUUUUCAUUUUUCAUUUUUGUUGAAUUUUUCCUCACGAGUUCUAAUAUAUUCUUAACUAAAAGUGUGCUUUGAAGAAAAUCCAAAAGUGAAGUUUUUACUGCAUUUUUUGGUUUUUCACGGCGUUUUUUUUGGCGAGGCAAUAUUUUUUUCCGUAAAGUGUAGUGUGUCGUGUGCAUGCACCGUGGCGCUCUUGCGCAUGUCACGUUCAAAGUUCAAAAUACAAAGUUUUCAAAGUUUUCGCGAAAUUGAAAAUCAUAUCUGAAUUUCUGAAAUUCAGUUAUAUCCUCAUAGCUAUUUUAAGUUUCGCGGAGUUACUUUUAACACGGCGUUUGCUUUUAUUUUUAAAGGAAACAGAAAAAUCGCGUUUUUUUCAAAUGAGAAAUAGAUUCGUCUCAUGACCCAUUGAUGCGCCUUUAAUAUUCUCUGCUGUUUAAGUUUGUUUCUCAUGACGUCACAUGGGAACGGCGGAGGUUUCGACCACGCCCCCUUUAUUUUUGGAUUUUUCCAAUAACAAAACCGUCGUGUUUUUAAUAUUGUUAUUAAUAUAUCUAUUGACAGGCAUGGUUAGAAAUUAAAAUAAAUGUUCAUUUUCUCAUUUUUUUUUUUUUCAGUGCGACCAACUGAUGUCCGGUUUGGCUCCUCGUCUGACCCAGGUCUCCGCAAAACUUGCCGCCGAGGGAAAAUUCAGCGCCGCCGUGAGUUUCCUGUUCCUGAGCAAAAAUAAAUCAAGAAUUUUAUAGAAGCACUGCAACUGA